AGGCAUAAAAUACAAAGGCUUUGAAAAUAUCCUGAAACAUCGCCCUUUAUCAAAAGCUAACUUACCUUUUGAAACCCUAAUUCCUCAAUUCUCACCAUCGCCUACGACACCAUAUAACCCCUACAAAUUCUACCGAUUUUCAAUUAUUUUCCACGAUUCACAAAUACUGUUACCUUUACUUUGUCAUACUAAUUAGACAUGUUUAUUGGAGCUACAGAGAAUAAUUGCAGUAUCUCUAACGCCACGACUAUUAUAUCUCGGCUUUCUCCAAUCCUUCAUAGAAAAGAACCCAACAGAAAUCCAAUCUCUAUUCCUCAAAAUAUUGUCUUUUCCCAGUUGGGUUUGUCUCGGUGAGUCCAAUUUUUGCAUUAUACUUCGUUAAAAUUUGAAAAAAGUUAAGAACUUUAGCUUAUUUAGCUGAAAUAAUAUCUGUUUUUUGGCUAGAUUUUAUCAAGACUCUAAAAAAGGGUUGGUGGAAAUUAAUUUAUAGCUAUUUGGGUGUAUAAUUUUUGGGUUUUCUUGGAAAUUUUUUUAGGGGAAGAGUAGUGAUUUAUAAUAGUGUUUUCAUUAGUUGAGGAGAUUGAAAAUGGUGGAUUUUGAUGGCAAAAAGAUCAGAAAUAUAUGUAUACUUGCUCAUGUGGAUCAUGGAAAGACCACAUUGGCUGACCAUUUGAUUGCUUCAUCUGGUGGUGGUGUGCUACACCCCAAGCAGGCUGGUAAGCUUAGGUUUAUGGAUUAUUUAGAUGAGGAGCAGAGGCGGGCGAUUACUAUGAAGAGCUCUUCGAUUGGUCUUAAGUAUAAGGAACAUUCGAUUAAUCUUAUAGACUCUCCUGGCCACAUGGAUUUUUGUAGUGAAGUCUCAACUGCAGCCCGUUUGAGUGAUGGCGCAUUGGUAUUAGUGGAUGCUGUGGAGGGUGUUCACAUUCAGACCCAUGCAGUUUUGCGUCAGGCAUGGAUUGAGAAGCUUACCCCGUGUCUUGUUUUGAAUAAGAUUGAUAGGUUGAUUGUUGAAUUGAGAUUGACUCCGCUUGAGGCAUAUAAUCGGCUGCAGAGGAUUGUUCAUGAGGUGAAUAGUAUAGUGAGUGCCUACAAGUCUGAAAAGUACUUGUCGGACGUGGAUUCGCUGCUCUCUGCCCCAUCAGAACUCGUGGAAGAUGAAAAUCCAGAGUUCAUAGAUGAUGACGAAGAGGAUACUUUCCAACCCCAGAAGGGGAAUGUUGCAUUUGUGUGUGCCCUAGAUGGAUGGGGCUUUACUAUUAGUGAUUUUGCUGAGUUUUAUGCUUCAAAACUGGGUGCAAGUUCAGCUGCCUUGCAGAAGGCAUUAUGGGGGCCUCGGUAUUUUAAUGCCAAGACAAAGAUGAUUGUAGGUAAAAAGGGACUUAGUAGUGGAAGUAAGGCUAGGCCCAUGUUUGUGCAAUUUGUUCUUGAGCCACUUUGGCAGGUUUAUCAAGCUGCACUGGAAGCUGAUGGGGCCAAGGAGAUGCUUGAGAAAGUUAUAAAGUCUUUCAAUUUGUCUGUACCUCCCCGUGAACUUCAAAACAAGGAUCCCAAAGCUGUGCUUCAAUCUGUGUUGAGUCGUUGGCUUCCAUUGUCUAAUACGAUAUUGUCUAUGGUUGUUAAAUACAUGCCUGACCCUAUCUCUGCUCAGUCUUUCCGUAUAUCUCGGUUGCUUCCAAAGAGAGUUUUCUUGGAUAAUGGCACCAACCCUGAUUUGCUUUCUGAAGCAGAACUCGUGAGGAAAUCUGUGGAAUCAUGUAAUUCUAGCCCUGAUGCACCUUGUGUUGUCUUCGUUUCUAAGAUGUUUGCUAUUCCAUCAAAAAUGCUUCCCCGUGGAGAGAUGCUAGAUGACAGUGGAAAUGGUGACUCUGAUGAAUGUUUCCUUGCAUUUGCCCGGGUCUUUAGUGGGGCUCUUCAUGCCGGGCAGAAGGUUUUUGUGCUCUCAGCAUUGUAUGAUCCAUUAAAGGAAGAAUCACUGCAGAAGCAUGUGCAGGAAGCUGAGGUGCAGUCUUUGUAUUUGAUGAUGGGUCAAGGAUUAACACCGGUGGCAUCAGCAAAGGCUGGUAACGUCAUAGCUAUCCGAGGGCUUGCCCAGCAUAUAUUGAAGAGUGCCACUCUUUCAUCUACAUUAAAUUGUUGGCCUUUAUCAAGUAUGGUUUUCCAAGUUUCGCCCAUGCUUAAAGUUGCAAUUGAACCUUCUGAUCCUGCUGACAUGGGUGCACUUAUCAAAGGAUUGAGGCUUCUAAACCGAGCGGACCCUUUUGUUGAGAUUUCUGUUUCUGCCAGGGGUGAGCAUGUUCUUUCUGCAGCAGGUGAGGUGCACCUGGAGAGAUGCAUUAAAGAUUUAAAGGAGAGAUUUGCAAAGAUAAACUUGGAAGUCUCUCCGCCCCUUGUAUCUUUUAAAGAGACUAUUGAAGGAGAUGCCACUAAUCCGUUAGAAAACUUGAAGUUACUGAGCCGCAGCUCUGAGUUUUUGGAGAAAGCUACUCCAAAUGGAAGAUGUGUUGUUCGAGUGCGUGUUAUGAAGCUUCCAACAGCAUUGACGAAGCUGCUUGAUGAAAAUUGUGAUCUGCUCGGGGACAUCAUUGGAGGUAAAUCUUUGCAGGCUUGUAGAAGCUUGGAAACUCUUAGAGGUAACAUUGUAGAAGAUGAGAAUCCAAUUGAAGCACUCAAGAAACGCCUCAUAGAUGCUGUGGAGAGCGACUCUUCAACUGGAUUUGCUGAGACGGAAGAGGACAGGAUUGAUAAAUGUAAAAAGACGUGGCAAAAAUUCUUAAAGAGGAUCUGGGCGUUAGGGCCUAGACAGAUGGGUCCCAACAUUCUCCUCACUCCAGAUGUGAAAGGAAAGAGUGACGAUGCGUCUGUUCUUAUAAAGGGUUCACCUCAUGUAUCAGAAAAAUUGGGCUUUAUGGGUGACUCUGAUGAUAGCGGUACAUCACCUGAAUCAUCAACCAGUGCGGAUCAGACCCUUCUACGAGAAGCUGAGAAUCUUGAAAGCAGUAUUUUAUCUGGAUUCCAGUUAGCUACAGCAGCUGGCCCUUUGUGUGAUGAGCCAAUGUGGGGUUUGGCAUUUGUUAUUGAGGCCUACAUAUCUCCAUUGGCUAUGCUGCCAAAUGAUAGUGACACGCCGCCUGUUCCACAGCCGGAACAGUAUGGGAUGUUCCCUGGACAGGUUAUGACUGUUGUGAAGGACGCGUGCAGGGCUGCUGUUCUCCAGAGAAAACCGCGGCUGGUGGAAGCCAUGUACUUUUGUGAGCUGAACACCCCACAUGACCAGUUGGGCAACACUUAUUCAGUUCUUAAUCGGAGGCGUGCCCAUGUGGUGAAUGAAGAAAUGCAGGAAGGUUCUUCCUUGUUCACUGUGCACGCAUAUGUGCCAGUUGCAGAAAGCUUUGGAUUUGCUGAUGAGUUGAGGAGAAAGACUUCUGGAGCUGCAAGCGCGUUACUCGUUCUCAGUCACUGGGAAGCCCUUCCACAGGACCCUUUCUUUGUACCUAGGACCGAGGAGGAGAAGGAAGAAUUUGGAGAUGGUGCCAGUGUGCCGCACAGUAUAGCAAGAAAACUCAUGGAUUCUGUGAGACGGAGGAAGGGUCUUCCGGUAGAGGAAAAAGUAGUACAGCAUGCAACAAAGCAGAGGACUUUGGCUCGCAAGGUGUAGAAGUUUUAUACAAUUCAGCUUUCUGUAAUGCUUGGUUGUCACAUUAAUCCCCUUUUUCAUUAUUACUUAGACAAGGAAAAAGAAAUAGUUAGCUCAACCAAUACAAAUUUUGUACUGUUAUUCAUUGAGGAAAUUUUGUUGGCAGAACACUAAAAGAUUUUUGGCUAAGCUUUCUUUUGAGUUCUUUUGGAUGCAAUAAGAAAACUUAUAUUUUUCAUUCUUGUAA